UCGCUAUCGAGUAACUCGUUCGUUAAGGUUACUUAAGACCCUCGUUGAGCUAUACUGCUGUAUACUCGCCUCGUGUUGUCUUAGCAUCAUCGUAUCCAUUCGCUAUAAGCCUCGUUCGCUCUACAGGCACAACUCAGUUCAAAAUGAAGGCUGUUGCUACCAUCUUGGCUUUGGCCGCUUCGGUCAUGGCUGGCGAGCCUGUUGUCACUGCAACAACUUACGAGACAACUACUGUAUGCCCGAUCACCAAUACCGUUACCUACGGAGGAUCGACCUAUGAACAGACCAGCUACACCACGUCCACAAUCACUGUAACCUCGUGCCCGGGAGGAUCCUGCGGAGGUGGCGAGGCGACGGUGACAGCACCUGAUACCACCGUUGGCACUACCACCGCCGUUCAGGUGACUUACACGACAACGUGCCCCGUCACCGAAACUGUCACCGCUCCUGGCAAGACCUACCUCACAACAUACACAACUACUAGUGUAGCAGUCACCUACGUCGACACAACUCUCGUUGAGACCGUAACGGGACCGGGUGCUACGCAGACUAGCGAGGACGUUGCUUACACCACUCUUACUUCGCUGUGCCCUGUAACCGAGACUAAAACAUUAGAGGGUUCUACUGUCGUGGUUACCUGGACUUCGACCUCUACCGUCAAGACCGCGGUACCUACCACCGCCGUUGAAUACACCUCGUACACAGUCACUGAGCAAGUUUCAACUGAGGUCUUCCAGACUGUCACCUGCCCGGAGACAGUCCACACCACCGUUUCUCAGGGUAGCACUAUCUACGUUACUGAGACUGGUACCGAGACGGUCUACCAAACCAACAAGUACACCGUCACCGAGACCCUCCCCGUCACUCAGACUCAGGAGGUCGACGUGACUGUCACCUCGGAAGCUACUGCGGGUGAGACCGUCACUGCCAGCCCAACUGUCUAUGUCACUUUCAGUGACACCACCGUCGUCACCAAGUCCAAGUCCGCGACGACUGUCCCCUAUCCUACCACUGUCUCUGUUUCCGCUUCUGCCCCCGUCUCUGUCUCCAGCUCGGUCGGCACGACCUAUAUCCCUUCGAGCGCCACUCCCUCGUCGAGCGGUGUUCCUCAGGUCCCUUCCAACCCUGCUCCCCGAGCUACCCCUGCCGCGGCUGUUUUGGCUUUCGCCGGAGUUGCCCUCCUGCUAUAAAUUGGCAUGCUUUGAAACACAAGUAUCCGAAUUCGCUAGCAAAUAUUUUUCAAUACUAAAUGAGAAAAAAGAGGGGACGACAUAAUAACGACAUGGGCACGACCGGCGGGUAGCAUUCAUUUACACGAGGCAUGGGAAUCACGGUAGCAUAUAUAACAGGAUUUCCUACGGAUUUAUUCAUUCAUCUCAGGAAGGCGGACCUCAUGAUUCAUCAAACAAGUUUACGGAUAAUGGCCACUUCUAAUGCUUUAGGAUAUCACAAAACGGGA